AUGUUUUGCAGAUACUCUGUCUUCUAAAUGAAGGAUAUGAUUCCUUCUUUAACAUAAAAGACUGUAUUCUUUAACUAAAAAUAAAUUUUUGGCUUCUCCAAGACUAAAUCUUCUAAGAUGUGGAUGCAAGAGCAUGUGACUGAUGAGUAUGUCAAAAAAGCACAAAAAGACAAUUACAGAAGUAGAGCUUCUUAUAAAUUAAUAGAAAUUUAGGAAAGAUAUAAAAUCUUUAAGCAAGGAUAAAAAGUUCUUGAAUUAGGAUCAGCUCCAGGCGGUUGGACAUAAGUAGCAGUUGAAUUCACAAAAAGUAAUGAAAAAAAACCUACUGUUUUAGCAAUUGAUAGAGAUUUUAUGGAUCCAGUUCAAGGCGCAGUAUUUUAUUAAGGAGAUAUAAAUGAUAAAAAGACUCAGGUUUACAUUCCUGAAUUCUUCAAGCUUGAGCCUGUUGAUAUUGUAAUAUCUGAUAUGGCACCUAAUUUUAGUGGAGAUUUAGAUUAGGAUCAUUUACUCAUUUAAGAUUUAAACAAUAUGACCAUUGAUGUAUGUACAAAGAAUUUAAAAAUAGGAGGAACUGUUGUAAUGAAAACCCUAAACGGAACUUUAGAAAAAGAUGUUUUUAGGAUGUAUAAAAUUUACUUCAAAGAAUUUUUAAGAGUAAAACCAAGAGCUUCAAGGGCUAGGUCUAGUGAAUUAUAUUACCUAGGAAAAGGGUAUGGGUUAUCAAAAGAGUAUGAAUAACUUAAGAAAAUUGAAGAAAAAAGAGAGAAAGGCAUUCCUAUAGAUGAUGACGAUAUUCCCGACCUAGGCUUUACUGAUUAAGAACUUCUUGAGUAAACUCGUUCAGUGAUAUUGCAGAUGUAUGAUCAAGGAAAGACUCUUACCGAAGAAUAAAUUAAGGAAUUUAAGGAGAUUCCUGGUUUAAAUAUUGAUUGGAAUAAUUUAAAGCCAAAAACAGAAGAAGAAAUUGAAAAACGUAAGGCAACUUAUAAUAAAGUUAAAAGAUACAAUGACUAUAGAAAAUACUAUGGAAGCAAAUUGACAUUUACAAAAAAUAAACCAACUUCUAUGGCAGAGUUGGCAACUUAAUUGGCAGAAGCACCUACUAUUGAUAUGAAAAAAGCUAUGGAUUAAGGAAUGUUACUUGAAGAUUUAAAUAAAAUUAUUAAAUAGCAAAAUGCUGAUCCUAUAGAAGAUGAAGGACUGUUCUUGAGUGAUGAAGAAGAAUAUGAUCCAUAUGCUGAUGACGAUGAGAGACUUAAAGUAACAGAGGAAUUUAACAGAUCUGUUGAUUAAUAUGUUUAAGAUUCCAAGGAAGCUGAUCCUUACGAUGCACAAAAUCUUUAUAGUCCAGAUGAUUAGCCAAGAACUUUAUAAGAUGUUAAAAAGAAAUAAUUAAAUUUGCAAGAAAUUUUAGAAUACGAAAAACUUAAAGAAGGGAAAAAAGAUUAUUAUGAAAAGUUAGAGAGUGGAGAGGCUGAUUUAGAAGAAUUAGAUUAAGAAGAAUUAGAAGAAGCUAUUGAAGAAUUAGAAGAAGAUAUUGAUGAUUAAGAAAUGGAGAAAACAAACAGUGACCAAGACUUUAUUAUUACCAGAUCAAGAGACAAUAAAUACCAAGAUGAUCAUCUCAAAGCAGAUGAUUUGGAUGAUAUUAUAUUUAACAAAAAGAAGAAAUGA